CAUAAGACUGAAGAGCAGCCCGGCGGGUUGGCAGGAGCGCCCGCAUCCUCCUCUGCUCAACCGCGGGCCCGCUUCCCCAUCUCGUUGUACACGUUUCCCUGCGGGGUCUGGUCGUGCUUUUUGGAUGUGUUUGUUUUUUAAGGACUAAGAAACCCUUUUAAAGCUUUUUUUCUUUUUCUUUUUUUUUAAGUUUGGAAAUCGUGGUGAGGGAACCGCGUUACCACCGAGUUGAUCGCACUUUCUAGCCGACGGCGGUGCCUUCUUUCCGGCUAGAGAAAUGGUCGGCAGGUUGAACUUGCCCAAUGCGUGUGAAGGAGACCCGCUGGAUAUGAGCUGCAGGGCGGACCGAGGACUCGACAGCCCGGACUCCGGGUUGCCCCCGAGCCCGAGCCCCAGCGCCUGGCUGCUGCCGGUGUGCGCGGACAAACCCGGGGGCGUGAGCCCGGUGUCCGAGGACGAGGGGAGGGGGUCUUCGGUUCCGGUUCCCCCCCGUGGGUCUCUGCACCAGCUGCAGCCGCUGUCCUACGGGGAAGGAGUAGCACUUGAUCCGCUGCCGUCCAAGGAAACCAGAUUUACCUCAUCCGUGCACUACGGCUCGGAGCGCCACUUCAUCCAGGGCGUGGCCCUGCAGCCUGUGGGCCGGGGCCUGGAGCACUGCCGGCAGACCGUCGUGGCCGUGCCCCACAGCACCUGGCGCCACUACAAGACACAGCUGGAUUUCCAGCCUCGCCAUCGGCCCCAGUGCUUCCAGAGCACCACCAUCGUCUACCCGAAGAGAGCCAGCGCCCUGUACGCCACGGAGCUGAGCUACGACUGCCACAGACUGUCCAGGCGCUUCGUCGCCAGCGUGGAGAUGGAGGCGGCCGCUCGCAGGGAGAUACCUCAGUGAGGGAGGGGGGGGAGACGCAGGUGGCUGGAGACUCGCCGCCCCCUUUGCUGUAGUUCCCCCCCCCCCCCCCUGCCGCCGCGGGCGGUUUCUGACCUGCUGUGUUGUCUUUGUGUAGUUUUGUGUAGCUGGUUUUCUUUUUAAAGUAGCCUUUUCCAAGCUGCGGACAGGAAGCGCCAGUGCUGUGGUCUCGUGGAUAUCAGUUGGAUUGGACUCUUCAUCUAAUGCUUGACUUUGCUGCUUUUUUAAAAAACUUUUUUUACGGCCUGUGUAAUUGAUUCAUUAUGCAUAGUUGAUCUCUUGUCACAUGCCAACUGAUUGCUUUUUUUUAUUUUUUUAAUUUAAACAGCGAGGCCUGUCUCGGUUAAAUGAUUUGUUUCCGAUAGCAGUUGAAUAAAAUAUAUAUAUAUAUUUUUUUGAAUCUCCGUAUGUGCUUUAAGGCUACUUAUGUAGCGCACAGAAGGGACAAAUGUCAUGUGUAAGUGUGCUGAAAUUUGGCUGCAUGCUAAGAAAUCACUAGAUUACCCCACACUGCACAAAAGGAUGUGGUGAAAACACCGAACACGUGUUGUUUGUCCACAGGGUAUCGUGUGUUUCUGCAGGACGUGGACAUAAGCUAAGCUCUUUCCCAAGCCCCUCUCACCACUGUCUAUGGCUGCCAUUCUUGAUGGAUUAUGAAAAUGCUGGUAAAUUAAGUAGGCUUUACUGUUAAUUAGGAUGUGUACGUGUUAAACAAACUAAUUAAUUAGAUUGCUUAGAUGGAUGAGUGUGGAGUUUACUGAAAAGUGGAUAUUGUUUUUGAUAUCAAUCACUGGCUUGGUAGUGAAAAUAAACUGCAUUCCACUGCCACCUCUUUUGUUGGCAUGA